AUCCAAAUCCAUUCAGUUUCCUCCCUUAUUCUCUCUUCUUUGCAUACAAUGGCUUUGAACGGCAAGGUGGCAACCGAAGCUGCUCCCUCAAACUUGAAUGAGGAGACGAAAGGGGAGUACCGUCCGCCAUUUGGGGGCUCCGACGAGUCAAAGGUGCCGGAGGAUUUCAUUUGGUCGGAAAAGUUUGAGGCGUCCGAGUUGCUGCCGGUGCUGGAUGUUCCAAAUAUUGACUUGGAAAAGUUCAUGAGUGGCGACAAAAGUUAUGUGGAAGAGGCGACAAGGCUGGUGGAUGAGGCUUGUAGACAACAUGGCAUAUUUUUUGUGGUGAACCAUGGAGUGGACAUGGAAAUGAUGGGCCGUGUUCAUGACUGUAUGAAUGAGUUCUUUACAAUGCCUUUGGAUGUGAAGCAGAGGGCUAAAAGGAGGGUAGGUGAGAGUUAUGGAUAUACUAAUAGCUUCUUUGGGAGAUUUGCGAACAAUCUUCCAUGGAAGGAAACCUUUUCCCUUCGCUGUUUGGCUGCUCAAAACUCCUCCGCUGCUCAUGACUAUGUUCUUGACACUUUAGGCUCAUCCUUCUCCCAUCAUGGGUAUCUAAAUUCCACCAUCUCUACCUAUGCCUAUUCAAUUCUUAUACUUUUUUUAAUUGCUUGA